AUGGACAAGGUAAUGGUCGAAAAUUGUACCGCACCCAUCCGCAGACCCCCCUCCCCCCUCUUGUCAAAGGGCCCUUCUCACCAUCACCGUCAUUGCCGAGUCUUGUUUCUCGUGAAGUUCCGCCGAUUCCAACUCCACAACCUCCUCACUUCGUUGCGUUCAUCCCAACUCCAGCAUUUCGCAGAAAGAUCCCUGAAACCUUUGCGCAGCGCGCAAUCAGCACGCAAAAUGGACGAAGAUUUCUUUAAAGAUUAUCCCGCAGCCGACAACGCGGAUCCCACCCCCGCCGCGGCCAUGCCUGACUCCGGCUUUGUCCUGGGCGACGCCGAUAGCGAAGUCAACAGCCAGACCAACGGCCACGUACCGGCCGAGCCCAUGACUGCAAUCCCGAUGGGCGAAGCCGCCCCUCCCCCGCCGGAGGACGCCGAGCCCGAAUGCGCCGCUGUCACAGAGUGGCGCGCUUCCUUCGCGAAGGGUCUGGAGGAGAAGAUGGAGUUUGAGCGCGCGACGAAGGCCGAGCGCGCGGAGAAGGCUCGCCAGACGCUUGCCACGAUGCAUGCGCGAUGGGAUAAUGGGGCGAAGGAUACCGGUGAGAGGAAUGCCAAGGCAGAGAAGGAGUUUGUUAUGAAGAGGGAUGGCAUCAUUUCGAGAAUGAGCAAGCCCGGUGAGCCGCCUUCUUGGGAUAUUAUCCCGGAGCUAGUUGACAUGUCUGGUAAAUACAAGGAGGGUGCGAGGGAUACAUCGAGAAUGAGACAAGUGCUGAUGCGAAUGAAGACAAACUAG